AUGGCGAAGACUGGCUUCUUCCACCAUAUUGGUACUUUCCUGCUCUUCAUUGGCACCGUUCUGCUUGUAAUCACCACCAUCUCGAGCCCGAUUGUGGAUCAUAUUGCUAUCAUGAACGUGAAGCUGGCAAAUGGGACCAACACUCACGACACCCACGUUACCAUGGGCACAUUUGGUUACUGUCUGCUCGAUGCUGCUGAUGGUCGAGACUACUGCACCGGAAAGCACAUCGGAUACAACCCGGCAUCUUUCUUGGAGAACAUUUAUGAUACCGACUUCAAUGGCGCUCAAGUCAACACAAGCAAGGGCCUCACUCGCGUGAUGGUCCUCCAUCCUGUUGCUUGCGCUCUGGCAUUCAUCGCCUUCCUUAGUGCAGCUUCUUCUGGAAUAUGCGGUGCCUUGGUUGGAGCGAUAACUGCCUCAGUCGCAUUCAUCAUUACCGUUGUUGUGAUGGCGACCGACUUUGUGCUGUUUGGUAUCAUAAAGAGCCAUGUCAAUGAUGACGGAUCUGGAGCACGCGCUCAAUUCUCGACCGGAAUGUGGACGUUGGUGGCUGCCAUGGCCUGUUUAUUCUUGGGCACUAUCGUCGUUUUCUUUACUUGCUGCUCCUCCAGAAUGCACAGACAAAACCACACCUCUACGAAGCAUGCAGAGACCGGCUACGCCAAUGGCACCACCGUCACCAAGAGACAUUUCUGGCAAAGAAGCUCCCGACGCACUCGGUACUAA